GGCCCGGGAAGAGCGGGGUGCCGCGGCCGGCCGGCGGCGCCGGGCCGGGACUCACCCAGUCACCGGGGAGGAGGAGGCGGAGUCGGCGGGGCCGCGGCAGCGGCAGGUGCCCGCGGCGGCGGGAUGGUGGCGGCGGCCGGCACGGGGCCGUAGGGCAGCGGCACGCCGGGCCGGGAGCAGCGACGCUAUGGGCAGCUGCGGCGUCUCCCCGCGCCCUUUCGCGCCUUUGCUGUCCGUGCUGGUGCCGGUAUUGGCGGCGUUGGCGGUCGGGGUGGCCGAGGCGCGGGUCACCUCGGAAAGCCGGCUGCCCGGCGCCUCAGCGAUGGGCACCGGUACCCCUCCGAGUCCCAGCGGCACCGCUCUCGAGGAGACGCGGCUCCACGUCUUCACCCUGGACUAUCCCCACGUGCAAAUCCCCUUCGAGAUCACCCUCUGGAUCCUGCUGGCCUCUCUCGCCAAGAUCGGCUUUCAUCUCUACCACAAGUUGCCCUCGAUAGUACCUGAAAGCUGUCUCCUCAUUCUGGUUGGAUUACUUCUUGGUGGGAUUAUUUUUGGAGCAGAGGAGAAGUCUCCACCUGUAAUGAACAGUGAUGUGUUUUUCUUGUAUCUCUUACCACCCAUUGUACUCGACGCUGGAUAUUUUAUGCCAACUCGUCUUUUCUUUGAGAACUUUGGUACCAUUUUCUGGUAUGCUGUGGUGGGCACACUCUGGAAUGCCAUUGGCAUUGGAAUUUCACUUUAUGGAAUUUGCCAGAUCAGUGCAUUUGGUUUGACUGAUAUCACAUUGCUACAGAACUUGCUCUUUGGCAGCCUCAUUUCAGCUGUGGAUCCGGUGGCGGUGUUAGCUGUUUUUGAAAACAUUCAUGUCAAUGAACAGCUUUACAUCCUGGUGUUUGGAGAGUCUUUGCUGAAUGAUGCUAUAACUGUGGUCCUGUACAAUUUGUUCAAGUCUUUCUGCCAGAUGCGCACAAUUAAGGUUAUUGACAUAUUCGCUGGGAUUGCUAACUUCUUUAUAGUGGGGAUCGGUGGAGUAUUGAUUGGAAUCCUUUUGGGAUUUGUAGCAGCCUUUACCACCCGUUUCACCCAUAAAAUCCGAGUGAUUGAGCCACUCUUUGUCUUCCUGUACAGUUACUUGUCAUACAUAACAGCUGAAAUGUUUCAUCUGUCGGGCAUCAUGGCAAUUACAGCUUGUGCCAUGACUAUGAAUAAAUAUGUGGAGGAAAAUGUUUCUCAGAAAUCCUAUACAACAAUUAAGUAUUUCAUGAAGAUGCUGAGCAGUGUCAGUGAGACCUUAAUCUUCAUCUUCAUGGGAGUGUCUACAGUUGGGAAGAACCAUGAGUGGAACUGGGCCUUCGUUAGCUUCACCCUCCUUUUCUGUUUAAUCUGGAGGGCUCUGGGUGUUUUUGUUCUGACUAAGAUCAUUAACUUGUUCCGGACAAUUCCUCUCACUUUUAAGGACCAAUUCAUUAUUGCCUAUGGAGGCCUCCGAGGAGCUAUUUGUUUUUCACUUGUAUUUCUCCUUCCUCCUGCUGUGUUUCCCAGGAAGAAAUUGUUCAUCACUGCUGUUAUUGUGGUGAUAUUCUUUACCGUCUUCAUUCAGGGAAUAACAAUUCGCCCACUGGUGGAGUUUCUUGAUGUCAAAAGGUCAAAUAAAAAGCAGCCUGCUGUCAGUGAAGAAAUCUAUAACAGGUUCUUUGACCAUGUGAAGACAGGAAUUGAAGAUGUGUGUGGACACUGGGGUCACAACUUUUGGAGAGAUAAGUUUAAGAAGUUUGACAAUAAAUACUUGCGAAGACUUCUAAUCCGGGAGAACCAGCCCAAAUCCAGUAUUGUUUCUUUAUACAAGAAGCUGGAAAUCAAACAUGCUAUUGAGAUGGCAGAGAGUGGAAUGAUAAGUAAGGUCCCAUCGUCAGUAUCUCUCAGUGAAUAUCAUGAAGGAAAGAUAAAGCCGCUUUCACCCAUUGAAAUGGAAAACAUGCGGGAAAUACUAACAAAGAAUCUCUACCAAAUACGACAUCGAACAAUGUCAUACAACCGACACAGCCUGGCUGCAGAUGCAAAUGAAAAACAGGCCAAAGAAAUUCUUAUCCGGCGGCGGCACAGCCUUAGGGAGAGCCUGAGGAAAACGAACAGCCUGUCAAGAGAAAGACCGGCUGCUGCAAAUACAAAAAGAUUCCUUUCACUUCCUAAAAACACUAAACUCCCAGAGAAACUACGAGUGAGAAAUAAAACAAAUUCCAGAGUUGGAGACAGCAGUGACUCUGAGCUGGAUGCCGCUACAACUGUGCUCAAUCUAAGACCAAGAGCAGGGAAAAUCUUGAGAGAUCAGAGACUGAGACAGCAGAGGCCACUACCUGAGUUUAUGGUGGAGUGGAAGAAUGAAGUUGACGGGAGCCAGGAUGGACAAGGAGAGCAGCAGGAGCCAAGCACCUUGCCCCAGCCAUCCAUUGGGUUCAGGCAGCCACUGCUGACAAGACCAAGAUUUGGCACUUUGAGUAGGGAAGAUUUGACUGCAGACCACGGGUCAGCAAGACCUAUGCCACCACCACGAUUAGUUAGGCAGGCAUCACAAGGGGAAAGGCAGAGAAAUAAGCCUGAGAACCAGCCAUAUUGAACAUAACAAUACAAGAACUACUGCUAAUAACCAUGGACAUAUCAAAUUAGGAUUCUAAACUAUCUGAUCAGACUAUGGGAUCCGUUAAAGUAAACAAACAGGCCUCAAUGUGGAUCUAACCACUUCCAUUUGGAUUGAAGUCUAUGCCAUUGACUAAAUGAAAGGAAUACUGGAACCAAAGACAUAAAAAAAUCUUAAUCUCUUUUAUGAAUAACUUAUGCCAAUGCUUUAAUUACAUUAUUUCCACUAUUAAGAUAGCAUGGAAAUGUGCCUUAUCACGUUGUCUACUGUGGAACCAAGUCUCACAAGUUCAAUGCCCAGUUAUCAUUGUUGAAAGUCCAGUGAUGAAUGGGUUCAUUAAAAAAACUUUGUAUCAUUUCAGAUUUUAUUUAUAAUCAACUAAUACUUGUUUUAACCAGAGCUUUAAUAUGAGUAACACUGAAAAUUGCACAAUGCACCUAUCAUAUAGACUUUGUAAGAAGAUUAAAUAUAUUCCUGAAGCCCAGUUUGGUCAAAGAACUGUGAUACAGAAAAAGAGGAAGAAAAGAAGAAACAAGCUGUAGGAGCAAAACUGCAAAUGCAGUUUAUA